GGUUCCUUCGCCGAGAUAGGCAGAGAGGGGGGGAGAAAGAAAUAGAGAGAGAGAGAGAGAGAGAGAGAGAGAGGAACCAUGUCUACAAGCGUUUAAAAAACAAAACCAGCGGAGAUUACCUGUCGCGUCCUGGAUUGUGUUUGAGUUUGACGUGAAACGCCGUGUUGUGUGGGAACACCUCGGAGGAAUAUGCCGUCGUGCAGAGUGACAGAGUGGAUAUGGAUAAUGGCCCGAACAUAUUGAAUCGCUUCGUCAGAGGAGGAGGAGGAGGGAGUGCUGUAGCGCGAGGAAACACGUUACAGAGAGAAUAAAGGCAGCGAGACACAAUAUAAAAAAAAUAAAAAAUAAAAUAAAAACACUCGGACUGGUAAUUAAUGAAACAUCUCGCAUUUCACCUACGCGGCUUUCACAGGGAUUUGUUUUUUUGUUGUUGUUUGAAUGGCUUGUCGGUUUAACGCCCUCGAGUGACUCGCGGUAGGUAACUCUGCUCGGCUCGGCUCUCCUCUCGGUUCAGACUGAAAGUUAAUCACCGAGGCGAUUUUUUUUGGCCUUUGGAAUAUUUGUGCGUGAACAUGGAUUUUAACGGCAGCGGCUUGGGCAACGAGCUGCACAAUAACCAGACGUAUCAGUGUGAGGAGAGCAAGCCACUGCUGGAGCCGGAGGGCAAUAAUAAUAACAGUAAGGUGGGCGCGGGGCCGUGCCGUCGGAGCGCGCUUCACUGCAGCAGCGGCGGUGGAGGAGGAGGAGGAGGAGGUGGAGGUAUGCGAUAUAAACUCCUGCACGAGGGAGACAUCCAGGUGUGUGCUGUGAAACACCCGCGCACCUUCCUCAGUAAAAUACUCACCUCCAAGUUCUUGCGGAGAUGGGAACCCCACCACCUCACCCUGACCGACAGCAGCAUCGUCUCUGCCACGCCUACAGGUUACAUGGAGGCAGCUCUGUCCUACAGUACUAUAGAGGACCUGCAGCUGUUGUCUUGGGACAACGCACCCAAAUACUGUGUCCAGCUCAGCGUCCCUGGAGGGACUGUCCUUCUACAGGCUGCCAAUAGCUAUCUGCGGGACCAGUGGUUUCACUCUCUACAGUGGAAGAAAAAGAUUUACAAGUACCGCAAGGUGCUGAAUAAUCCCAGCCGCUGGGACGUGGUGCUGAAGGAGAUCCGAGCUCUGGUGGACAUGGCACUUACCUCUCCGCUGCAGGACGAAUCUAUCCACCAAGCCCCACUUCACAUUAUCUCCACCCUACUCGCUGAGAACACCAACCUCAGUGCCCAGGACCAUGAGAGCAUCAUUGUGGCGAUUGCUCCCCUGCUGGAAAAUAACCACCCUCCCCCUGACCUGUGUGAAUUCUUCUGCAAGCACUGUCGCGAGCGUCCACGCUCCAUGGUGGUCAUUGAAGUGUUCACUCCAGUGGUCCAGAGAAUUCUCAAACACAACAUGGAUUUUGGGAAGUGUCCCAGACUGCGUCUCUUUACUCAGGAGUAUAUACUGGCUCUGAAUGAACUCAACGCAGGCAUGGAGGUAGUCAAGAAGUUCAUCCACAGCAUGCAUGGCCCCACUGGACAGUGUCCUCACCCUCGGGUUCUCCCAAACCUGGUGGCAGUGUGCCUGGCUGCUAUUUACUCCUGCUAUGAGGAGUUUAUUAACAGUCGCGAUAACUCUCCUAGUCUAAAGGAGAUAAGGAACGGUUGUCAGCAACAGAGCGAGCGGAAGCCCCCGAUGCCCCCACGGUUGAUGCGUCCCGAUCCUCCAACUGCCCUGUCGCCCCCUCCUCCGUCCAUCGUCAACUCCAGUGAGAUCCUGGUGGAGCUGGAGCGCAACAACAACAACACUGCCAACACCGCGCUGCGUAAGGCGCCCGCAGGGGGCGACAGUGAGCCCAGCCUAAUCGAGUGCUUGCUGGUGAGCCCAGCUCUCAGCGCUCUGUCCAUUCAGCUCCCUGCCCAGGCUGACCGAGUGCUGGCCUGCUUUGCGCUCAUCCUCAAGAUGCUCUCGGACUAUGACGACUGGAGACCAGCGCUGGCUAGCCUGCUGCAGCCCAUCCCGUUCCCCAAAGAGGCACUUGCUCAUGCCAAAUUUACAAAAGAGCUGAAGUAUGUUAUUCAGAGGUUUGCCGAGGACCCCAGACAGGAGGUGCACUCCUGUUUACUCAGUGUGCGUUCUGGAAAAGAUGGCUGGUUUCAGCUCUACAGUCCAGGAGGCGUGGCCUGCGAUGAUGAUGGAGAGCUGUUUGCUAGCAUGGUUCACAUCCUCAUGGGUUCUUGCUACAAGACGAAGAAAUUCCUUCUGUCUCUGGCAGAAAACAAACUGGGGCCCUGCAUGUUGCUGGCACUGCGAGGGAACCAGACCAUGGUGGAGAUCUUGUGCCUGAUGUUGGAGUAUAACAUUAUAGAGAAUAAGGACACUCAGCUACAGAUCAUCUCUACCCUGGAGAGCACGCAGGUUGGCCUGCGUAUGUACGAGCAGCUGUGUGACAGACAGAGAGAACUCAAAGAACUGCAAAGAAAAGGAGGGCCUACCCGACUCACUCUGCCUUCCAAAUCCACGGAUGCCGAUCUUGCCCGCCUGUUGAGCUCUGGCUCCUUCGGGAACCUGGAAAACCUGAGUCUGGCCUUCACCAACGUCACCAGUGCCUGCGCUGAGCAGCUCAUCAAGUUGCCAUCCCUCAAACAGCUCAACCUGUGGUCCACUCAGUUUGGAGACGCAGGACUGAGACUGCUUUCAGAGCACCUGGCUUGCCUGCAGGUUCUCAACCUGUGUGAGACACCAGUCACUGAUGCUGGUCUGCUAGCCCUCAGCUCGAUGAAGAGCCUGUGCAGCUUGAAUAUGAACAGCACUAAACUCACCGCAGACACCUACGAGGACCUAAAGGCCAAACUCCCCAACCUGAAGGAGGUGGAUGUUCGUUACACAGAGGCCUGGUAAACGUAGUCAGCAUCCCCCUCCCCCCGAUUCUCAAGGAAUCCCUGACUUCAUAUACGCAUAAGGAUUUGCUGACACCAUCAAGACACCGAGCCUUUAACAUCAUCACAAUCAGUCAUUUGCAGACAAGGACUGUCUUUAUAGGAACAUUAUUCAACACCAAGGACCUUCUGGUGACAUGAGCCCAGCGUUUGCGUAGUGUCAUCAUCAAAACACGGAACUGACUUUCUUUGUAGCCACAUUAAAAAGCGCGAGCAUAUUUAUAGUGACAUCAUCAAACGAAAAGGAGGCCCAUCCUAUUUAUAAUCUCUUAAGGAGACUUUAACUCUUUCUGUCUUUUUCGACCGUCUUUCCCGAUUCAACCCGAUCAGCUGCGAGCGGUUCUCCAUGCAAGUGUGUCUGACCAAAACAACACCACUCUUUUUUUUCUUUUCUUCUUUUCCCAAGAUCAGAGACUUAACAGCUCAGAAGCCGACUCUCCUGCCUUCAUCCCUUUUUUCUCAUCCUGUUUCCCCAGAGGUGCACCCUGACUGGCGAGAGCCACAUUCCAGUACAGUUUGGAUGCCGCCUCCCUUGCGGAAAAGCUGUGCAUUCGUGCUCGGUCCUCUCAGUUCCCUAAUUUGCCCUUUUUUUUUCUAUCCAUCACAACUUGAUGCUGUUGCCACUGAUGUAGAAAGGUGGUAGCCUGAGUGUCCACUACUGUAUACACUCAUUUUAACCUCUCUCUCUCUCUGUCUCUCUCUCGAAAAUUUUUAUCAACUUGAAUGAGCAUAUUUUUCCACACAUCUCUGCUUUCAUAAAUGGCGUGUUUAUACAGUAUAAAGUAUAAAUAUAUAUAUAUAUAUAUAUAUAUAUCGAUAUCUAUAUUCCCUUUUGACAUUUGAACAAUUUCAGGAGCUUGGUUGUACAACCUACUAGACAGACGAAUUUUGAUCUUUCUCGCUGUUUUGUUUUGUCCACAUUUCUGUGGUCUCGUUUGAUUUAAGUCAGCGGUCGUUCGGAAGGUAGUCUGGGACUACUCAAUAUUUAUGAAGCCUCUUUCUUCUCAGUUCGAACCCUAGUGUUUCCUCACCAUCCAUCUCUCCUUGACGACUAAAUUGUUUUAUUUUUUUAUUUUUUGUUGUCAUGUUUGUUAAAUCAAAUCAGCCAAGAUGGUGCCUACAGGACAUUUUCUACGAAGAGUGCACCUCUUAAGAAGCGGUGUCACGAUCGCUGGAUGCAAUCUGUGUAAAUAUCUCGGCACGUUUCAUCAGCCUUGGUGAAAUGUUUUGAUUUCCUAUAGCGCUCGUUUUACAACGCAGGAUGACCAUCAACGUUACAUCCCGCUUGGAGACGUCACGCGCGUUUAGAAGAAACGGAACGUCCGGCCGUACUCCAUAAAUCAUCGAAAGCGAUUUCGCGUCGUUUAUUUUCCCGCUUAUCGUUUCCAAAGGUUUUUACUGUUACUGGUCACCGAGUCAGGUAAACAUUAGAAGGAAGAGACCCCCCGAGCAUGCUGUUUGAUUUGUGCAACAAAACGUCUUCUGUAAACAUCUGUGUAUAAUAUGCAAACUUUCCCGUAGGUGGCGGGCCAGUUGGUUAUAGCUGACGGCUUAAACGAACGCUUUGUUUAGACGUGAUACUAGACGUGGAUUGCAGCCACCGUCGGCAACUGUACCAGAGUGCUCGCCUCGCCUCUUCUUUUCUCUUCUGUCCCUCUCCCUGCACUUCCAAGCACAGACAGACCACGCUCUGGUUUGCUACCCCAGUCUGCUUGACCGGUCCCUGAUUGGACGGUUUCGAUUUGCCAUUAUUCUGAUCGGUCCAGUGGAGGAACUUGAACUGCGCGGUAGCUUUAAACGGAGCGUGGAGACGGACGCCGUGCACUGAGAGUGUAAUACUGUGUGUGUAUCGCAGAUGGUAUCGUGUUCUACCAUCUCAGGUCCAGAUAAAGACGCUGCGUGGUUGCAUCCUGUAUAAUGUACAUACAAGUGUAUAUAAUUUCCCUCACCCACUCUGUCUGCCGUAUAAUUCUUUAUUCGUUUCUUUCUCUCGUCUUUUUUGAGAGACUGCUGUUGCCUUCAUUUUCAGGAUACGUCUGCGUGUGCGGUCAGCUUUUCUUUUCUUUUCUUUUUUAUUUCUCUUCCCCAGACCAAGUGCACUGUAAUAACCUUCGAAAUGUCAUCUUUUAAUUGUUUUUUGUCACUUUAGUCUUUGUUUUGUUGCUUGUUUGGAAAUGUUUAUUUUUUCCCCCUUUUGCCGCAUGUACAUGUCGGAUAAGCAGAUGUUUUCAUUUUGUAAUUUCAUUUCGAAUGCUUGAAUCAGAUAAGCAUCAAUGCGAGGAAGAAGCGAGCGUGUAAUUACAGACCAAGAACUUCAACAGAGUGCCGUAUGCAGCAGAAAUGUAAUUAGUUGCCAUUAUAAACGAGAAGCCAAUGCGCUCUGUACGAGAGCGAACUGAACGGCGUGACGGUUGUAAACUAACAAGUCGGCUCAGUGGAGGAAAUCUGCUGUCUCUGCCCCCGAAGUCCUCAGAGAAGAUGUCUGGAAUGGUUUCUACUGUGUAAAGUGGACUAUAUCUGUGAGUGAUGGAGAUCUACAUAUCGUGAAGAGUUUCCCAACUGGGUUUUUUUGUUGUUGUUGUUGGAAGCGUC